GUCGCCGGCGGUGAUUCCUACUUUUCCGAUCAAAUGUUCGGUUCUUCAUCGAGGCUAUUUCUCUUAAACGGUCCUCUCUCUCUUCUCCACCACCGACCGUCGACUCUCCUCCGCUUACCUCACCGCCACACUCUUACUUGUCUACCUCAGCCCCUCUCCACCGUCCCUCACUGCCACCUCCUUCAAUCUCGCGCUAAUUCACAUUUUCUGAUCAAAUCUUCUCAACAGCUUCACUCUCAAUCCACCGGUAAUACUCUGCAAGACGAAAAUCAUGUUCCUGCCGACGCUAAUCUCGUUCCACCGUCGCAUCCAUGGCCGGAGUUGUUGGAAUUUCUAGAAUCUAUAUCUAACUCCUGUUACUACGAGUUAAGUAGGAACAUGAAGGAUGAAUUCGUGCCGAAUGAGAGUCUACCGAUGGAAUUUGUGGAUGCUGCGUGUUCCUGUUUGGGUUUUGCACAUGAUAGAUCUGAUAUUUUAGGGUGGCUUCCUAAGGAUGAUAUCCAGGUGCUUAUAGAUGGUGGUGCUCCAUUUCUCUUCAAAAAUGCUCUUGAAACUGAGAGAAGAAUGAAAUCUUUCUUACAGGGGGAGGACUCAAAUGAUGUAAGAAUGGUGGAUUUGAUGAAGUACAUAUUGAGUUAUGCAAGCAAUCCUAUUAUUUAUCCUGAAAGGAACAUUAGGGAGGCUACUGAAUCAUCUGCCCGGAAUUUGUUAAGAGAGAUGACUAAUUUUAGCUGUAAGGGGGCUGCUUUGAGCUUGCCCGAUAUGGAGAAAUUUAAUGGGGCUUUUCGGGCAGAGGAGGAUGAAGAAGCACCAAGAAAUCUUGAACCAUACAAUAAGAUGAAGAGAGGUGAUUGGAUAUGCCCAAAGUGCAGUUUCAUGAAUUUUGCAAAGAAUACCGAAUGCCUUGAAUGCAUGGAGUUGAGACCACGGAGACAAUUAACUGGUUGCGAGUGGGAUUGCCCUCGAUGUAAUUUCUAUAAUCACGGAAGGAACAUGGCGUGCUUAAAAUGCGAGUGUGGGCGACCAGGUGAGGUUCCGUUGCCCAUCGGGCAGUCGAUGAAUUCUCAAAAUCAGAACAAUUUUAGCUAUAAUCGCACUGCCGAUAGUAACGACAGUCUUCCGGGCACAAACAAGAAUCUAGAGGCAUCGUUCAUCGGCAGUCUAGACCAGUUCCGUAGCAACACGUCAACUGUUUCAGGAAUAGAUCGUAAAAGCAGUCCCGGUGGACAAGAUGCCGGAAAAGAGGGCAGAUUUCCGAUUCCAAAUGGACGUAAUUCCGGUUAUGCCCCUUUUGUGCCAUUACUGGCUGAUAUGUUUGCCGAAAAGUCUGAAAACGUGAAACCGAAAAAUACUGGUUUUGUGAGCGAUUCUGAAAACUUGGGUAGGAAGGUCGAAAGUAGGAGUAAAGAUACGCCUGAAGACGAGAAAUCGGGUAGAUGGUUCAAGAAGGUGGUCGAAGGUCUUCCGGAUGAGGAUUUUCCAGAGAUUAUGCCGAUGCGGAAAGGAGAGCACCGAUUUGUGGUUUGCAAGAAGAAAGAUCGAUCGUUGACUUCUCCGAAACACCAACGACAACAGGCCAUGGAGCAAGAAAGUAACAGCAAGUUUGUUCCUUUUGUUCCGUUUCCACCAGAUUAUUUCGCUAAGAAAGACGACAAGCAGCAGUUGAAGAGCACGAUGAAACCGACAGAUACGAAUCUCGUUCAAGAAACACGACAUCAUGAGAUGAGCAGCAAAGAUUUCUUGAAUUCAAGAUCGUCUGUUGACGAUAAAGGUGCAUCUAAUGGUAAUGAAACGGCAAAUUCAUCGAGAACCCAUGUUAAUAGAAGUGAAACCGUACCUGAAACUGCAUACGGUGGUCGGAAAACGCCAGAAAUCCAGGUGAGAAGUGGAGGUGAACCUAGUGGCAAUCAAACGGAAAAUUCAUCGAGUACCGAGAUGAACGGAAGUGAAACUACACCCGGAACUUCAUACGGUGGUCAGAAAACGCCAGAAAUCCAGGUCGUCAGAAAUGGAAGUGAAUCUAUCGGCUAUCAAACGGAGAAUUCAUCGAGUACCCAGAUGAAUAGAAGUGAAACUACUGAAACUUCAUAUGGCGGUCGGAAAACGCCAGAAAUUCAGAAGGUGAGAAAUAAAGGUGAAUCUAGCAGCAAUCAAACGGAAAAUUCAUCGAGCACUCAGAUGAACAGAAGUGAAAUUACACCCGGAACUUCAUACGGUGGUCGGAAAACACCAGAAGUCGAGAAAGUGAGAAACGCAUGGGAAGGAAAGAGUCUGGAGGGAUCAGCAGUGAAGGAAACCGAUCCUUUAGACAUGUCGGAAGAGGCGAAAGCAGAAAGAUGGUUCCGACGAGUUGCACAGAUCAAAGAUAUCUCGGAACUGAGCCAAAUUCCCGAUGAAGAUUUCCCGUCAAUUAUGCCGAUGCGAAAAGGGGUGAAUCGGUUCGUGGUGAGUAAGAGGAAAACGCCAUUAGAAAGAAGGUUGACAUCUCCCGAGUACAGAAAGAAUCUGCGAUCCGUGAGCUCGGACCCGACUAAAAAGGAACGCGAUGAUUAUUAAAUGGUAUUUGUUUUUUGAGAGUUGCUGAAGUUAUUUUUGUGAACGGUUUUUUAAAACUUAGCAGUAAUUGUGUAUAUGAUAAUUGAGCCUAAUGCUUGUUUCAAA